UGCUGUUCCCCCGAGUUUGCACAUGCCAGUUGCCGAAUGCUUGACGGGUUGGGCAAAAUAAUGUGUGCCACAACUUACAAUUCUGUUUAUUCUUAACAGAUACACCCCAAUCUUGCGAUACAGUGAGUCCACAAUUGCCAAGGAGUGCAUAAUGUUCAAGAGAAGCCCUAUGAAUGCACCCGCCGCCACCUUCGAGACAACCACAGACGAGACUCCCGAGAUAACGGAAGUUGCCUCCGCUCCCAUAUUGCCGGAAGUUGCUAGUGCCAUUUCAUCCGAGCAUGUUGGCAACAGUGAAACACUAGUUUUGAAGGAAGAACCCACGCUGAAAUCCCAGAGCUGGUGGCUACCAUGGAGAAACACCCCAGCCAUAGCUAACGCCAAAGAGAUAGUCACAGAAGCGGAUGUGACAGAUACUCAAGCCGCCACACAAGGUUUAGUUAACACUGCAGAAGUUAUGGAGAUUACAGAAGUUAUAGAUGUUACGGGACUCACAGAAGCUAUGAAUGGCAGUGCUACAAUGGCGUCAGAGGCUGGGACAUUGCUCCCCACCUUUCACAGCACACCAGCACUAGAACCCCCCAAAAGUACCCAGCCCAGUGAGACAUCGAAAUUUCAGCCGUGGGGCUGGUCUGAUCCGGUGGCCGUUGUCAAAACUGCAGCCAGCUUCAUGUACACCACUCAGCUCCUUCCUUCAAAGGCUACCUCUGUCAAUGAAAACCAGGAACUCGCCAAAGCCUCGUCGUUGCGAGCUAGAUCUCCUUCGCCAAAACCUCCCGGUGACAAGAAAGCCAAGUCUGUUUCGCCGAGUCGGGGCUUGGGCCAGCCAAUUGUUUUCUCGCCCGGGGACGUUGCCGGGGAAACAGACGUGAACAUACAUAUUGGAACCGUUCCAACCCAGCCGUCAUGGUUCAGUUGGCUUACGCGUGAAACACAGCUGCUAGAUUCGGCCGUGGAUCCCAGUUCCGAGGAGACACUCCGCAAAGACGCCACCCAGGCGAUCCACGGUUUUGCCGGCGACGGAAGGGCCAAUAGAGGCGGUGACUAUGCUGUGAAAAAUACGCGGAGCAACAGCAGCUAUGGCGAGUUGGCGGUCUUGGGCACAGGCACCCAGGCCAACCCCGUCUCUAUGUCCACACCUAUACCCAUUACCGCUAACGAGGUGCAAGAGAUGAAACUCCAGGAUUCGCCUUCGUCUGCAAGUCCAGCGCUGAUGGAAAAAAGCGUGGUGAUACCACAGUUCGACCAGAACUAUCGCAAAAUCACCUACAAAACUAGAGCCCGUCUCGCCUACGAGAAAUAUAGAAACCUUCCGCAAAAGCAUCUAUACAGAGUGCAAACUCCACCAGAGCUCAAAUCUGCAGUCGUGAUCGGCAUCCACGGCUUUUUUCCCAUCAAGAUGGUGCGCAGUUUGAUCGGCCAGCCCACUGGAACGUCGGUUAGGUUCGCAACGGAGGGUACCAGGGCCUUACAGGUGUGGGCGAAGCAGCAGGGUAUCGUGAUGGAUAUCCAGAGCAUUGCGUUGGAGGGCGAAGGCCGAAUUCUCGAGCGGGCUGAGAACUUGCACAAGCUCUUGGACAACUGGAUUCAGCUCAUCCGCAGCUGCGACUUUUUAUUCUUCUGCUCGCAUUCGCAGGGCGUUCCAGUGGCGAUCCAUAUCCUAGCCAGACUCUUGGAAGCGGGUGACUUGGAAUCUGUGGCAAAAAUCGGGAUGAUCAACAUGGCGGGUAUCUGCAUGGGUCCAUUCGCGGGAAUGGAUGCCAAAAUCGUGGUGCGAGUUUACUCAACGCUUGAGAACGAUAUCCUCCACGACUUUUUUGAUCUCCAGGACGCAAAGAGCGAACAGAGCCAGAAGUUACUCGGAAGCCUAGAGGUUUUGCUCAGACACAACGUGAAGGUCACAUUUACUGGCUCAGUGAAUGACCAGCUCAUCCCAUUGUACUCCUCCCUUGCGCUCCAGGCAUCACAUCCGAACAUCUUUCGCUCUGUAUACAUUGAUGCUGCCAGUCGUACGCCUUUGUUCAUGAAGACGCUCUUGAAUGCAGUGCUUUUGGCGAGAAACGCAGGGGGCUCCGAUCACCUUCUUCUCCAGGAGAUCAGCAAGAGCCUUAUGGGGACCCUCACCGGCGGUGGACAUUCCCGAGUCUACCACGAGCAGGAGGUGUAUCUCACAGGAAUCAGAAACUGCUUGGAAACCACGGACUUGGUGGGACCGGUGGAGAUGCAUAUUCACGUGAUAAAACCCAAGGCGUUGUCACAGAAUCCGUACCAUCUUCCGUGGUGCAUGCGGGGCUUUGUUGACGAGUUCAAAAAGAUUAGGAACGUGAAUGCGUACGGGGUAUUAGAGGAGCUAAUUGCAGGGUUCAGGGAGUGGGAGCCUACGGUGAAGCAGUUCAAGGAUAUGAAAUAUUGCAUGGAUGUGAUUGGGGAGAUGGAUGUGGAGGAAAUAUAAACAGCAGGAGCGUAGUUUGAGCUGAAAAAUCCUUGUCAGGACUUGAAUUGUCUUUCAAACCUGGGGUCAAAUAUUUAAUUCAAAUCGGAAGUCAAAUCUGUGUUUUAUAUUUGCAGGAACUAUCAAGCUGUAUCUGGCUAUCAAAAUUUUCAUGGUGGCUAGGUCUGAGUAGGGUGGCCGUCAAACCUUGACAGUGCCUAAAUCAUGCCUAGUUCAGGGAACCGAAUUGCAUUUUCAAUGAACUGUGGCGACAAUCUCAAAGUGAGUAUACCGCUUAUUUCGUUGUUAUCCAAGGUGAGAAACCAUGAGGCUCUAGGAUUGGAGAGUUUUCGAAACACCAAACAAAAGGAAUAUACCUUAAUUCUUCAUCUCUAGAUCAUUGGGGCUUUUAAUAUAUAAAUAAAACCUUCU